CACCUUCUCUUCGCAAGCAAAAAGCGAAGGAAAAGUCGAUCUCUCUUCUCCCCUCGCGACUCCUCCUCGCCUAUAUUUAUUAUAUAACACGAAACGUCCCUCUCUUUCUGUCAAGAGUACUUCACGAGUGUUUUCUCGCGCCUUCUCUUUCGUCUUCCGGUGCCGAAUCUCUCUUUGGACCGCGAGUGUCGCUCGGCUCGGAGAUGGCGAUGAAGCGAGCUGGUGUCUCCGCCAUCAGAGCUCUGUGCUCGUCUGCUAAUUUCGCUAGACGUGCCCAUGUGAGUGGACCCUCUACUGCUGGAAGCAAAAAGAUUGUGGGUGUGUUCUACAAGGCCAAUGAAUAUGCUGAGUUGAAUCCGAAUUUCUUGGGCUGUGUCGAGAGAGGUUUGGGCAUACACGACUGGCUGGAAUCGCAAGGGCAUCAGUACAUAGUCACAGAUGACAAGGAGGGACCAGACUGUGAACUUGAAAAGCAUAUUCCCGAUCUUCAUGUCCUCAUAACAACCCCCUUUCACCCUGCCUAUGUUACUGCGGAAAGAAUCAAAAAGGCGAAGAAUCUGCAGCUUCUUCUCACUGCUGGGAUUGGUUCUGAUCACAUUGAUUUAAAGGCUGCAGCUGACGCAGGGUUGACAGUUGCAGAAGUCACUGGUAGCAAUGUUGUUUCGGUUGCAGAGGAUGAGCUCAUGAGAAUCCUCAUUCUUGUAAGGAACUUUUUGCCUGGAUAUCAUCAGGUCAUCAAUGGGGACUGGAAUGUGGCUGGUAUAGCAUACAGAGCUUAUGAUCUUGAAGGAAAAACUGUCGGGACUGUUGGUGCUGGACGAAUUGGCAAGCUUUUGCUACAGAGAUUGAAGCCUUUCAAUUGCAAUCUCCUCUAUCAUGACCGCCUGAAAAUGGAUCCAGAACUGGAGAAGCAGACUGGUGCAAAAUUUGAGGAGGAUCUUGAUGUGAUGCUUCAGAAAUGUGACAUAGUUGUGGUCAACACCCCUCUAACUGAGAAAACGAGAGGAAUGUUUGAUAAAGAGAGGAUUUCCAAGAUGAAGAAGGGUGUCCUUAUCGUCAACAAUGCUAGAGGAGCAAUCAUGGAUACACAAGCAGUUGCUGAUGCUUGCUCCAGCGGACACAUCGGAGGUUAUAGUGGGGAUGUUUGGUUCCCGCAACCAGCACCCAAGGACCACCCCUGGCGGUACAUGCCGAACCAGGCCAUGACACCUCAUAUUUCCGGCACAACUAUAGAUGCGCAGUUGCGAUACGCAGCGGGAACAAAAGACAUGCUGGAUAGGUACUUCAAGGGAGAGGAAUUCCCUCUCCAGAAUUACAUUGUCAGGGAGGGUGAACUGGCCCCGCAGUACCGGUGAUUUCCCUGCUCCUCGGCUCCUGCAGUUUCCAUGUUCAAGCUUUCACAUAGUCGGGCUUGUAGGAUCUUGAAUUGGUGUAACGAUGCUGCUGCUCGUACAACGUGCGUCUUAAACUGUGCGUCUUCAGCUUGUGCUGUACUAAAAGACGAUGCAGGAUCUUCAAUAAGUGUAAUAAUGCCCGCUCUUACAAUGUACAUCUUGAACUCUCUGUCUUUAGCUUGUGCUGCAUCGAAGAUCCAUGAGGUCUUGUUUGAGACCCUUAGUGCAAAUUAUCUCCUCUGAUUUUUUUCUACUCAAACAAUUCAUGUCCUUAUGUACUGAUUACAGUCGACA